AUGGCCGAGCCACUCUUGUCAGAGUAUCAGCACCAGCCUCAAACUAGCAACUGUACAGGUGCUGUUGCUGUCCAUGAAGAGCCGAACCCAGAUCGCCCCCCAGGCGAGGAGGAGCGGGAGCCCGAGGAGGACAGUAGGUGGCAAUCGAGAGCGUCGCCCCAGUCGGGUAGCUGUCCGGGGCAGUGGGGGGAAGGGAGCCUGGAGCCCCAGUCGCCUCUCCUGCAGACCCAGGUCUGCCCAGAAUCCAGCUGUCCGGAAGCGGGUGAGAAGGGCCAGAAUGGGGACGACUUGUCCGCUGGCGGAGCUCCCCAGCCGGCGGCAGGAGGGGAACAGAGGCCGAAGGCCAACAAGUUGGGGGCUUCUGCAGCAGGGGGCGAGGAGGCGUGGGGACAGCAGCAGAGACAGCUGGGCAAGAAAAAACAUAGGAGACGCCCCUCUAAGAAGAAGCGGCAUUGGAAACCGUACUACACGCUGACUUGGGAGGAGAAGAAAAAGUUCGAUGAGAAACAGAGCCUGCGAGCUUCGAGGAUUCGAGCCGAGAUGUUCGCCAAGGGCCAGCCGGUCGCUCCCUAUAACACCACGCAGUUCCUCAUGGAUGAUCACGACCAGGAGGAGCCGGAUCUUAAAACCGGCCUCUAUCCUAAACGGGCCGCUGCCAAAUCCGACGACACCAGCGAUGAGGACUUUAUGGAAGAAGCGGGCGAGGAGGAUGGGGGCAGCGACGGGAUGGGAGGAGACGGCAGCGAGUUUCUGCAGCGGGACUUCUCCGAGACCUACGAGCGGUACCACGCGGAGAGCUUGCAGAACAUGAGCAAGCAGGAGCUCAUCAAAGAGUACCUGGAGCUGGAGAAGUGCCUCUCGCGCAUGGAGGACGAGAAUAACCGGCUGCGGCUGGAAAGCAAGCGGCUGGGCGGCGACGACGCGCGUGUGCGGGAGCUGGAGCUGGAGCUGGACCGGCUGCGCGCCGAGAACCUCCAGCUGCUGACGGAGAACGAACUCCAUCGACAGCAGGAGCGUGCGCCGCUGUCCAAGUUUGGAGACUAGACUGAAACUUUUGGGGGGGAGGGGGCAAGGGGGACUUUUUACAGUGAUGGAAUGUAACAUUAUAUACAUGUGUAUAUAAGACAGUGGACCUUUUUAUGACACAUAAUCAGAAAAGAAAUCCCCCCUGGCUUUGGUUUGGUAAAUUUAGCUAUGAUGUAGCUUGUGUGCUUCUCCUGUUCUUUAAUUAUGUGAAACUGAAGGGUUGCUUUUCUUGUUUUCCUUUUUAGGACUUUUUCUUUUUUAAUGUGUAAGUAAUUUGACCAAGUUAUAAUGCAUUUUCUGUUAAAAAUCCCCUCCUUAAAUGGAGCUAUAAGGUGGCCAAAUCUGAGAACCAUUAAAUUCAUUCUAGUUAUAAUAAAUUUAAUAUUUGUAAAUGUAA